AUGGCCGUUGCUACCCUCGAGCGCUCAGGAUCCUCGUCGCUCCCCCGCACCCCGCCAGAGUACCGCACCCGCAGCGGCUCUUCACCCACCGCGUCCGCAAGCAGCGAGGCCAGCGCCCUCCGCGCGCGCGCACGCCCGAUCCCCAACUCGUACUGGGCGACGCCCUUCCUGGUCGCGUGCGAGUUCCCGUACUGCCCGCUCACGCCCGCGCAGAUCGCGCGCCGGUGCACCACGCAGAAGCUCGACGCGCUCCUCGCCGCGGGCGUGCGCACGUUCAUCGACCUCACCGAGCCGCACGAGCUCUUCCCGUACGCACCGCACCUCGCGUCCGCGUGCGCCCAGCUCGGCAUCGACCCGCACGACGUCGAGUACCACAGCUUCCCCAUCCGCGACCGUGCGCUGCCCGCGUCGCCCGCGUACGUGCGCAAGGUCCUCGCCGUCCUGCGCGACACGGAGCGGCGCGGGCGCGUCGCCGCCGUGCACUGCCGCGGCGGGAUCGGGCGCACGGGCCUCGUCGUCGGCUGCUGGCUCGUGGACAGCGGGCGCGCGCGGGACGGCACAGAUGCGUUGCGCAUGAUCGCGGAGGAGUGGAAGGGCGUCGAGAAGUACAAGCGCUACCCCUACAGCCCCGAGACGGGCCCGCAGUUUGACUGGGUCCGCACCUGGGCGCGCGAGCGGCCCCCCGUGGCGGCGGCGACGCCGAGUGCGCACGCAAGCGUGCAAUGA